AUGAAAGCGAUCGUCUCAGAAAAGGCAUCUGAAGGACUCAAGCUUGUCAGUAGGGAUAUAGAACCAUUGAGGGCGUCUGAAGUCCAGCUAAAAGUGAUCACCUGCGGAAUCUGCCUAGGCGAUGAAGUAGGAAUGCAUCACGGGGCAUUCUACCCUCUAACACCAGGUCAUGAAAUUGUAGGCGAGAUUAAAGCUAUCGGCGAAGGUGUACAUGCUAUCCAGAGUGCAAUGGAUGAUGGAAAUCCUUGGAAAUUCAAAGCAGGCCAAAGAGUCGGAUUAGGCUGGUUUAGCGGAUAUUGUAAAGAAUGCUAUAAUUGUAGAAGAGGCUAUCUCACUGGUUGUAAACUAGCAAAUGCGACUGGAUUGACGAGACAUGGUGGAUGGUCCGAAUACGUGAAUGCAGAUUAUACAGCUCUCGUACCAUGGCCAAAAGAUAUAGAUCCUAAUCAAGCGCCGAUGAUGUGUGCUGGAUUAACUGUUUUCAAUGCUAUUAGAAAUAGCUCGAAAUGUAAACCAGGCAACAAUGUGGGUAUCAUAGGUAUGGGUGGACUUGGUACAAUCGCAAUCCCAUUAGUUAAAGCAUUUGGAAUGAAUCCUAUAGUUAUCAGCGGAUCAAAACAGAAAGAAUCAAAAGCGGAGGAGUUAGGAGCAUCUGCAUUUAUCAGUCGACAAGAUCCAAACUUUGUCAAUCAGAUUAAGGAACAUACUGAUAGUCCGUAUGGAUAUGGAUACGGUCCUGGGGGUGUAGAUCUUCUCUUGACAACCUCUCCUGACGUCGAUACAGCAUCGAAGAUUAUCGAGGGUGGCCUAGCUAUGGAAGCAGAAGUAAUAAUGUUAUCGGAACCAGCCGAUCUGCAGUUUAAAGUGCCAGUUAUACCAUUGUUAAUGAAAAGAGCUACAAUAAAGGGAUGGUCUGCUGGCUGUCCUAGAGACGUCGAAGAUCUGCUGGUAUUCUGCAGGCAACACUCGAUAUGGAACGUAGUUGAGGAGGUAAAACUAGAAGACGUGACUAGGAAAUUCCAGGAGAUUGGUAAAGGAAUUGGUAGAUUUGUAAUUAGAUUUUAA